AUGAAGGGUGUUAGCAUUUUGUCUACAGUCUCAGCACUGCUUGCUGUCGCGAGUGCUGCCCCGUACCCCGUCGCCGAUGGCAUCCGUGUCAACGGAGACUCUCCUGAAAGUAACCGGGAUUUUAAGCGAGGAAAGGAGCAGGAUGUUUCGGACAGUGUUCGAAUCACGCGCAGCAACCGGGACUUCAGUGUCGAUCCUGAUGGUACCCGAGUCACAAAGCGAUCUAGGGAUCAGGAUGUGACGGACAGUGUUCGCAUCACACGCAGCAACCGCGAUUUCAGUAUUGACCCUGAUGGUACCAGGGUCACUCGCGGCAACCGAGACUUCAGUAUCGACCCUGAUGGUACCCGAGUCACCAAGCGAAGUAGGGAUCAGGAUGUGUCGGACAGCGUUCGCAUUACGCGCAGCAACCGCGAUUUCAGUAUCGAUCCUGACAACCGGGACUUUAAGCGAGGAAAAGAUCAGGACGUUCCAGACAGUGUCCGCAUCACCCGUCGCAACCGAGACUUUGGCAUCAAACCAGACAGUGUUCGAAUCACUGCCGACAACCGAGAGAGCGAGGUGAACCCCGAUGGCACCCGUGUUACAAAGAGAGGCAAGGAGCAAAAUGACGCGGAUAACCGAGACUUCUGA